GUUCGUCCCCGCUCGGUGUCAUGAGCUGUCCACGACAGGUGCUGGGUGCGCUGUUCGCGCUGGCCGCCGCCGCCGCCGCCGGCCGGCUGCCGUCCACACUGCGGCUCGAUCAGCUGGAGAGGACGCGGCUGAGCGAGCCGCGGCUGGGGCGCGUCCGGCUCGACGAGCCGCGGCUGGUGGCGCCGCAGCUGGAGGAGGCUGGCGUGCCGCUGGAGGAGGAGCCGGCGCUGUGGUCGGCCGAACCGACCAGGAGGGAGCAGGAGAGGGAGCUGGACGGAGCAGAGGACCGGCUGGAGCAGGACGGAGGCGAGGAGCGGCUCCGCCGGAACCGGCACCGGAAACGGAAGAGGCCGUCGGCCGAGCACCUGCUCUACCUGCGCAGCCGAGACUCGACGUGCCCUCGGUCGGCCAGUGGCGAGGAGCAGUUCUUCUGCGCCUCACACCACCCGAGCGGGGAGCGCGCCUGCGUGGGCAUGGCGCGGCUCUGCGACGGCGUGCCCGACUGUCCCGAGGCUGAGGAUGAGCUCGCCGUCGCCUGUCUCUUCUAUAAAGCGCUCUCCCACAACCUGGAGAAGAUGACUGGGAAGGUUCUGCAAUUGACGGCACACCACCGACACCGACUACGGUAGAAGACAGAGUUUCCACCAGACCACAGAAACGAAAAAUCGGCGGGACGAAGUCCUGGUCCGGAUGAAAGGGCAGCUCGGAGCGGGCUGUCCUAGAGCGUGCGCCAGAUCACUGCACGUGGGCGACAACUCGCUGAAUUGGAGCUCUAUCCUCCGGAUCAGGCGAACCGGACAGAGGGCGAGCUCCUGUAGUUUUCGCCCUGCGUCAUCACGAACCAAAGGCUGCUUCACCAUCCAAUUAGAUAUGAGAUAUCUAUAGGAAAAGAAUAGCGAGCAAAAGCGAUAUAUCGCGAGAGGUUAUUCGAAAGCAUUCUAUGCAUCGCGGUUGGCAACAUUUUUAUGCCAGUGCGUUCAGUUAGUCUAUAGCAUCGUUAUUCUUUAAUAUAUGUUUGACAUCUCAACUCGGGCCGAUAAUCGGGCAGCUGGUAGUGUGUGCUCCCGUCUGUGUAACCAGGUCUCUGGGACAGUGUCAGUAGCCCCACCGGAAAGAUAUCACGUCCCUUCCGCCAAAACGAUCUCCACUUGCGCAUCUCAUUGUGUGUCCUAGUUCUCAUGACCGGCAUGCUUCCUCUGUGGUAUGGCUGCGAUGACGUGAGCGCGCUGUUAAUUUAUUAUAGUGCUGUGAUCUGUCUGUGACAGUUGGAUAAAGCCCAGCGCAGUUACUGCUGCAAUAUGGCUCUCGGUGUAUGGCCGAAAAUACCAGCUGCCUACCCUGGUGUAAAUACUUUGUUACGAAUGCACAGCGCUAACGCUGACAGCGAGUGUUAUGUUUGGAUGGUUUUGUAAUGGUUUAUGCAGCCGUGUUGCCUACUCAAAAGCAUGAGCGUCGGCGUGGGUGAUGAAGCGCCGUCUGCGUUGUCUUUGAAUGAGCGAUCACAAUAGCGUGAAUUAACAAUAUUAAAUGUGUCAUGCUGUUCGUGAUGACGCCAUCUGUAGGAAUGCGACUGCGAACUAAUACGGUAGCUGAGGAGUCGCGGAGGUUCCGACAGGGCAUUCUGGAAGAGAUCUGUUUGCGCAGAGAUAACCGUGGAUCGAUCGAUCGAUCCGGAUAGGAUGGGCCGAAACACAGAGCCAGUGCAUGCAGUGGAGAGGGCGUUGCUUUCAAUAUCUGUGAACGAUGGGAGUCAUCUUCAUAAUGUGGUGUGAAUGCCGCGCAGACGCAUGAAAUACAUUAUUCACGUACGAAC